AUGGCAUCUGUCAUGGAAACCAAGCCCUCCUUGUCUUUGAUCGCUACCCUCAUAACAUCCCUGUAUGUUAUCAACGACGAAAAUGCUUCACCUUGGGGACAGACUCUUCUUUUCAAGGGCCAGUGCAAGACCGUUUCCCGCAUCAGCUUAUGGGCGCACCUUGGUAUCAAUAUCGUUGCGACGGGUGUCUUGGCUUCGUCCAAUUUCUUUAUGCAAGCUUUAGUGGCACCAACCAGGUCCGAGGUUGACAAGGUCCAUGCAUCCGGCAAAUGGCUGGAAAUUGGUGUUCCGUCUAUUGGGAAUAUCAGAAGAAUCUCGCGCUGGAGCGUCCUUCUCUGGUUCUUGUUCUCCAUGUCCUCCGUCCCCUUACAUUUAAUCUUCAACGGCUGUAUCCUUGAGAGCAAGGCAUCCAACGGGUUCACACUUGUUAUGGUAUCGGAGUCCUUCCUUGAUGGCGCCCCACACAAGAUGCCAUAUGUAACAUCUCCGUUCGUGCGCCAGAUCUCUGAUGAUGAGUGGCUCAAUACUACUAUACUCGAUAUAUACCGGUCUGUCUCUCAGGACAGCACUCAGGCCUGGGAAAAGAUCCAUUUCGAUGAAUGUAUGCACCGCUAUAACAACACUGAUCAGCCGUUGACAAAGUAUCGCCACGUCAUCAUGGUUAUUACCAAUGGCACGUCGACAACUGGAUGGACACGUCGUCAGGUUAUGAAUAAUGUCACCCUCACUGAAAUGUUCUCUGGUUGGAAUGGGUCGGAUGACAGAGACGUGGUCAAUUCGUUAUGGUGGUCGCAGAAGUACUACAGGAGCGGAACGCGAAAUGGCAAUGGGUAUCUUGAUUACACGAAGAUCAGCGAUGCCCUCCCGUCUACAAACGAUGCCAAAGAUAUGAUGCCCAACCUCAACCCAGUCUCUGGGGAGAUAGUCAUGCGUGAUUAUUUCUAUCGCCCAGCCUACCAAGAUAUGCAAGUACAGUACUGUCUUUCAGAAAGGUUUCAAGCCCCUUGUCGACUUACUGUUUCUAAUCCUUUGCUCCUUGUCGUCUGCAUCAUGUGUAUAUUCAAGACACUGCUUUGCAUAUUGGUCUUGGUGGUUGGGCUGCGGUUGCAAAAGGACGAUUCGAGCCCGUUGAUAACUCCCGGGGAUGCUAUCGCCUCGUUCAUCGUGAGGCCAGAUCUGGAGACCAAGGGAAUGUGUACGCUCAAUCGAUCGGACUUGACAGAAAUCAGGAUGCACGCUCAGCCUGCGUUGAUCAACUCCUCUCCAAAGAUUCGACAGUGGCAUCUGUCCGCCAAGCGCAGACUCUCCGCUGGAGUACCAAGACAUAUCUGGGUAUUAGGAGCAUCUAGAUUCAGUCAUGACCCUAUCAACAAAGCCCUUACCAUUCAUGGUCUUGAAAUCAACUCAUUCCUGGGGAAGACCAUGCUCGCCAACACACCUCAACUUAUUCUGUCAAUCUGCUAUAUGGUCUACAAUGGACUGUUCACCCGUAUGCUGGCAGAAGUUGAAUGGUCAAAGUAUAGUAUCAACUAUCGAUCUUUACGUGUGACAAGUCCCCAAGGCCAACAAAGAUCGACAUAUCGACUCCAGCUACCCUACCGAUGGUCAAUACCGCUGAUUUUAGUCAGUGUCCUUCUCCAUUGGACCUACUCCAACUGUAUCUAUGUCAGCAACUAUUUAAUCUAUAAUCCCGAAUAUCCAUUUGAUGUAGAAGAAUCCACGGAGACAUUGCAAUACUCGACCCUAGCAAUACUUGUAGCUCUUAUAUCAUCUAUCGCGGUCGCACUAAGCCCUCUUCUGCUAGCAUUUAUCCGACUUCCUGGGAAGUUGACUAUCGGGGCUAGCAAUUCGGCAGUCAUCUCGGCCGCUUGUCACUGCGUUUCUCAGCCGCCCAUAAGCGCAGCGCCCAACAAGAUAGAAGUAUCCGUACAAGCAAUGGAAGAUGAAGACGAAAACCUACAAGCCUUGGCAUCGCAGCCUUUGAAAUGGGGCGAUAUCUCUACAGUAUCUGAAGGCGAGAGCGGGAUUGGCCAUUUAGCGUUUGGUACCAAGGAUCAAUGCAUCGAGGAGCCAGUAGAGGGUAAAUUAUACAGCUGA